CUUCCAUCUUAACUUCCAACUCUUCCACUCCUCUAAUCUCCAAAAACCUAUAUCCAGAAUCCUCUGAUUCUCUGUUUUCUUCAGCUCUGCUCUUGAAAAAGAAAAACAAUAAAAAAGGAUGGUGGUGUUGUCCCAACCAGCAUUAGAUCAGAUUAGUUUUGUAGAAAACCAGAAGCCCGCGUCCUACGUUGGCAUUCCAACCAUAGACCUAUCAAAACUCGAGUCCAAAACUCUUCUUGUGAAAGCCUGUGAAGAGUUUGGAUUCUUCAAGGUUGUCAACCAUGGCAUUCCAUUAGAGUUCAUCGAUAGGUUGGAAGCUAAGGUUGUGAAGUUCUUCUCCUUACCUCAACCUAAGAAGGAAAAAGCUGGCCCUGCUAAUCCGUUUGGGUAUGGAAACAAGAGGAUUGGACCCAAUGGUGAUGUGGGCUGGAUUGAGUAUCUCCUCUUUCAAACCAAUGCCAAUUCCAUUUCUCAGAGAUCUUCUCUGCUGCUCAAUCACUAUCCUCCAUGUCCUGAACUUAAAGCAUUGAGUGGCAACUUGACUGGUUUUGGAGAACACACUGACCCUCAGAUAAUAUCAGUUCUAGGAUCAAACAAUACAUCAGGCCUUCAAAUCUCUCUCAGUGAUGGGAGUUGGGUUUCAGUCCCACCUGACCACAACUUCUUUGUCAUUGUUGGUGAUUCCUUGCAGGUAUAAAUCUGCAUAAUGAUGCUUCUUUUUCUUCUUUCUAUUUAAUUCCCAAGUUUCUCUGUUUUGAAGAA